AAAAAAUGUUGCGGGGAGGUAGCCGUUGGGCUUCCCGCUUCAAAAUCUUCCUCCCCCGUCUGAAAAACGACUGCAAAACACCGCCAUUUCUCCUCACCUUCUCCUCUUCCUUCACAACCACCACUCCCACCGCCGGAACCGGUGCUGCUGACAACGACAGUUCGCAGCCGGGUCGUCCUUCUGCACCCCCUCCUAUUCAAGUCGGAUUCACCGACUCUGCCGGCAGAGGCGUGUUUGCCACUCGAAGAAUCGCUGCCGGUGAGCUCAUUCACACCGCCAAGCCCAUUGUUUGUCAUCCUUCUCUGUCUUCUCUCCACAGCGUCUGCUAUUUCUGCCUUAGAAAGCUUCUCCCCGAUCAACGACCCCUUUUCCAAAGUAACGAUGUCCAGUUUUGCAGCCAAGAGUGCCAAAACCAAUCGCAGGUUUUUCACGAGAUUGAGAGGAGAGCAGAUUGGUCAACCUUUAAUGAUUAUUGCUGGAUGCAUGGUCUUAAAUAUCCUUUGCUAGUGAAGCGGUUUGCUUGCCUUGUUAUAUCUGGAUCUUCAUCUGCAAGUAGUCUUGACAUUCUUCAGCCAGCUAGUUUAUCUUCUGAAAUGAUUUCUCUGGUGGAAAAGGAAUUCUGCUUGCUUAGAAACACUUUCCAAGAUGCAGAUAUAAACACUCAGCAGCUGGCUUUUCUGACCAAACAAUGGUAUACUGGUGUAUUGGCACGUAUACGCAUCAAUGCUUUUAGAGUUGAAUUGGCCUGUGAAUCAUAUGAAGAUCUUCUUUCUUCAGCAGCAGCUUCAGUGGAAGCAGAAGGAGCUGUAGGCAAUGCCAUUUAUAUGCUUCCAUCCUUUUAUAAUCAUGACUGUGAUCCCAAUGCCCAUAUCCUUUGGCCAGAAAAUGUGGAUGCGCGAGUGAAGGCUCUCUGUGACAUUGAAGCAGGGGAAGAGUUGAGGAUCUGCUAUAUCGAUGCUAGUAUGGAUUAUGAAGCUCGGCAAACUAUCCUCUCUAAAGGAUUUGGUUUCCAGUGCAACUGUCUUCGAUGCUCCUCCCACCACUAGGCCUUUAUGGUUUCCUUUUUUCUUCUUUGUUGUGACCAAGUAUGAAGCUGUAAGCAAAAGGAAACUGAGUGUCAAGCUCAGUGCCUUAGCGGUCCAAAAUGCUGUAUUAGUUGGGAGUUAUUUGAGUGCAGCAUCUCUACAUCUCAAGCCCAAUAAAUUUUCAUGUUUGUAGCUUAAAAGCAUUACUCUGUUUA